AUGCCCCCAGCAAUCCCCGGUAGAGAAAAUACAACGCGGAACAUCACCCACCAAACCUACCUAAUCUCCCACGUCUGGUUCUACAUCCCACCAGGUACAGAGGAUCCUCAUGUCCGCGUCUGGCCCCAAUACCACCACGGUCUGUGGGUCCAGAAAUCCGCCCUUGGCACCGGUGACCUCCACCACGUCAUCGGCAGCAUCUCCGAUAUCGAAGGCAUGAAAUACGAAUGCAAAACGUACACCCAAAAUAUCAUCAGCGAACCCACCUUCUGCAACCAAAUCAUCAUCGGGUACCUGACUCCAGCCGUCUACGAUGACCUCAAAGAAACGUUCAGCAAAUGCCCUAGACCUACUCUACAGAAAUUCUGGAAUCAUUCGACAGGGACCACGGAACCCGCCGAUAUGUCGUCUGCUCCUAUUGAGUUUUACACCGAGAGGCAGCUGGUAAACUUUCGGUUUCCGGCUUUGACGACCGGUAAAGAAUUUGUCGAGGAGCAGUUGUUGCGGAAAGCCUGGGAGCUUAUUGUGCCUUUUGAUGUGGUCGAUAUGAAUCCUUCGGGGUUGUUUCCCCAGGAUCAGUGGAUACCACAGGAGCAGUGGUGGGCUUGA